AUGGAUCUGAGGCUUUCAGGACGAGCGUUCAGUCGCUCAGCUGCCGUUGGUAUGAUACCUGGGUUGUCCAUGAUGAUGAUGAUGAUCGGUCGACCGCCCAGGAUGGUGAUGAUGGGAGGUGACGUCCAAGGCGCUUGCUGCGUGCGGAUGAAUGAUCCGAAGCCUAUUCAUCCACGCACAACCACACAACACUUUGAGGAAGCGACAUUUACACACGAUCAUUUUACGAUGCUGAAAAAGCCUACUAUGCUCAAAAGAAGAGUUCUUGGCGUUUUUCGAAAUUUGGAAAAAUUGGAUUUUUCGUUCAAAAGAACACAUCUAGUGGACAAAAAAAGAUUGUCGCUUCUGUGGAUCGAACUAUUACUGGUUAGACGUGGUAACAUAUAUCAUAGCGAGGCGAUUACAUACCACAGUACCUCCAGAUACCGCACAGUGCGUUGGACCAAAGUUUGCAGGCUUCAGUCUGGCGCUCUCCCAAUUUUGAUCGUAUAUGAUCUACCAGCAACUUGGCACAGUCUAUCCAGCACUACAUUACCUCUCCGUCGCCAAAAAUGCCUGGAAGCAUCCCCCGCAUACCAGUUUGCGUUUGUCGAUCUCCAUCGAUCCGUUACUUGGUCGAUGGAAUCAAUGGCUAGUCCGUUACUUGACACGAUACUUAUAUGGCCCCACUUACGAAGUCCGAACAAACAUCCAUCGGACUUGUUGCUACUCGAUGCUUAUCAGCCCGGCCUCAAUGAUAAUUUGCCUGAUGUCCUGGACAACCAAAGCGCCAUAGCACACCAGAAGAUCUGA